UCCAAAGUACCGGCCCAGCCAACGACGCGACCAAGUACCCAGUACCUCGUCCCGAAAGCAACACCACUAUCACCACCUCCGGACAGACUGUUUAUAGGCUAUCUCCAUACGAGCAAUCGUACAUACUCCCUCGCUCAGCCCUCACGGCCGUGCAGUGUUUGCUUCCCACUUUGGUGCUCGAGCAGCAGCCACGCAUCCUGCGACUUGCUUACGCAGUGUUUCCAUCAGCAACAGCAGCAUUCAGCGAUCAAGUCCUCCCGGCUACCUGCAUACGCGUUGCAUGAUAAUAUCUACUACUUACUACCUAGCUAUACUGCACGGACGGAAGGUGUGAGGCCAUCUCUCUCUCGAUUCUCCCUCUCUAUCUUAAGAAGAAUAUCAACAUGAAGUUCUCCAGGAGCCUAAAGUCAUCAUCGCACUCUGUCCCCAGUCCAGACGGCCAACAUAUUGCGACUCUUCUCUCAUCCCUUGUCCAUAUCAGAGCCGUCCGCAGCCCGGAGGUUGUCAAUGUGAUCAAACUGCCCCAGGACUUUGCCGGCCCCAUUCUCGGUUUCCAGUGGUCACCGUCAUCACGCCUGUUGCUCAUAGCUGGACCUGAACAAGUUCGCGUUGUUUCUGCGCUUGACAGCAGCUUCCAUGCUGCCAUCCGAACCGCCUCUGUGCCCGGCACGAAGCCAGCUUAUGUUGGCUUUGGUGCCUCAGAUGCCGAGGUCUGCGUGAUCUCGUCAUACGGCCUGAAGUUCUCUCUGUUCGAUCUCACCUCGUCUAGGGUUGCCGAGAUCAACACCCCCAAGGUUUUUUCUCCUUCGUCCGCUUCUAGAUGCUUUUCUUUUCGGCCCCAAACACGUCAUCUUGCCUUGCUCUCCAGAGUCUCUGGCAAAGACCUAAUAAGCAUUCACUCAUAUCCGACCAGAGAGUUGCAGAGGUCAUGGGCUCCUGAUACCAUUGAUGCCCAGGGAAUUACAUGGAGCCCAGACGGACGAUGGCUUGUCGUCUGGGAAUCAGCUGCGCAGGGACACAAAGUAAUCUUCUAUACGUCAGAUGGACACUUGUUCAAGACCUGGUCAGGCCCUGCGAAUCCUUCAUUGGAGGACAGAGACUACGCCAUUGGAGCCGGCGUCAAGGCGCUUCAGCUGUCAGCCGAUGCCCGUUUCCUAGCUGUUGGCGAUUGUAGUCGGUCAGUGUGCAUUUUCAACAUGGCUUCCGUAACAGAGACUAUGCGCCUUCGUCAUCCAAAGUCUGUUGCUUCCACAGAGACACUCCAGGUCUGGCAAGAGCAGAUCGGCGUGUCGCAAACUGGCCCUAUCAUGCACACCUUCUUGCGGACUACGCAGGUCAUCUCCCCGGCGCCCCGGCUGCAGGACAACUCAGAGCCUGUGUCGGGCUGUGCGGCCAUCUCAUUCGAUCCCACGUCGGCACUCGUAGCCACACGGCUGGAAGACUCACCCGGCACGGUCUGGAUCUGGGAUCUGGAGGCCGCAGAGUUGCGUGCAGUGCUGCUCUUCCACGGGAACAUCAGCGUCCUGUCGUGGCAUCCUCAUGUUGCCGAGACACUUCUCAUUCGAUGCGAGGGCGAGCAAUACAAUGGUAUCGUCUUUGUGUGGGACCCUCUCUCAGAAGGGCCUCGAUCAGUUGACUUUUCCCAACACCUCCCUGGACUCAAAACAAGUGGCAAGCCCCGGGCCUCGUGGUUAGGGUCUGGUAUGGCAAGUGGUCCGUCGCUCUUCUUCUCAGACGCCCAGCAUUACGUACUGGGUUGUCUGAUCGAACUGGACGAAGUUGCACCUCCGUGGGCCAGCCACCACAGUCCGGAGCCGAGCUACGCAGCAGAGACACGGGAAGAGUCGCCGCUCGAACUGGUUCCGGCAGAACAGGACGGUCCAGACAGGGCCAGAGCCGUUGAAGACGACGACGAUGACUACAGCGAACUAGAGGACACCUUUGUGCACAAAAGGUAG